UCCCUUUUGGUGCAAUUUUCUUUCCCCUUCCAUUCCUCAUCAAGCUCCAAAAAGAACACGAAUCACCAACGGUGCCUCGUGGGAGCCGCACUCCAUUAGUGCCAACCACAUGGGCCUCCCCUUCGCACCGUUGUAUUACAAAACCCAUCCCGCCAUGCCUCGAUGAGUCUGGAGUUUUCAGCCUGGGAGCUUCUCAUGAAAAUCUGAAGCACACCGCGGAAUUACCAAACUGCCACUCAAUCCCACAAAAAAACCAUCACCAGGAAAAUGUCGGAACUAAUGGACGCUUAUUGGGCGGCGCCGCCAAUGGCCAGAACGUUGGCGACAGCGAUCCUUGCGGUAUCCGUACCGGCGCAUUUUGGGCUUCUGCCGUUCCAAUGGCUUUACUUCACCGAGGACACGCUCUUCCGGCUGCCGCCUGAGAUAUGGCGCCCGGUCACGAGCUUCCUGCUCUCGGCCCCCCAGCUCGGCAUCGUCAUGGAUCCCUACUUCGCCUUCCAGUACUUGAAACAGCUGGAGACGACGAAUCCUAAAUUCCCCAGGAAAGAGGAUGUCCUCUGGUAUUUGAUCACAGUCUGCAGCUUCAUUCUUUUGAUCAACCGAAUCUUCCUUGGCGGUGCAUUCUUCUUACAGGGGCUCAUCAUAGCGCUAUGCUACACAGCCGUGCAAGACCAACGCGGCGUCAAGGCCAGCUUCUUCUUCUUCACAGUGCCUGCCCAGCUGCUCCCCUAUUGCAUGCUGUUAUGGUCACUGCUCAUGAGCCCGGGUUUGAUUCCGCUGCAGGUCAGCGGCAUCGUGGCUGCUCACCUGCACGACUUCCUGUUCCGCCUCUGGCCUGAAUUUGGAAGGGGACCGAAUCUGCUGGCCGCACCCGGAUUCCUCUCACGAUUGGUUCAGACUGCACCACUGCAGCAGCGCGAAUACGGCACGGCCAUCCAUCCACAAGGAGGUCGGACACUGGGCAGCAGCACUGGAGCGUCAAGAGGCUCGGUGCUUCCUGACUCGUGGAGAACGAGAGGUACGGGGCAUCGUCUUGGGGGCAACUGA